AUGUCCUUUUUGUUUCGCCCUGACCGGGCCCCUACUGUCACCAUGCUUGGCUGGUACUUUGAAAAGCGACGGCCUGUGGCCAACGUUCUGGCCAGCACAGGAGAGAGCAUCCUCUCCUUCAUCCUCACCCCAUCCAUUCAGUUCAUGGUGGAUCAGUAUUCCUGGAGGGGAGCGAUGCUGAUCCUGGGAGCUCUGCAGCUCAACUUGUGUUUGUGCAGAGCUCUUCUGAGACCCCUCAACAGACACGUUCCUCCUAAAGAGCUCAUAGAGGAGAAAGAGCAUGAGCUGGAGCUGUUAUCCCAAACUUACACAGACUCUAAAAGUUCAAAUAACAGGUCAGACUCAAAAAAAUCAGAUCCACUCAAGGUCAAAAUAAUUCGCUACAUGGACUACACGCUUAUCGCUAAUGCUCGCUUCAUGGUCUACUCAGUGUUUGGUGUCUUUGCUGCUCUCGGCUUCUUCGCUCCGUCUCUCUUUCUGGUACCGUACGCCCGCAGUCAAGGAAUGGAGGAGUACCAGGCGGCUGCUCUCAUGUCCAUCUCAGCGGUGCUAGAUUUGUUAGGAUGGGUGUUGUUGUUCGGGUGGGUGGCUAAUCUGCGACUGGUAGAGACAGUCCAUCAACUGAUUGUAACAGUGAUUCUGUUGGGCAUUGUUCUGUUGCUCUGCCCGCUAGCAACCACAUUCACCCAGCUGUUGUUCAGUGCAGGUUAUGGACUGGUGUUCGGGGCAACUGUGGCAAUUUACAUCACGGUACUCGCGGAAGUGGAAUUUUUCUCUCAAGAACAUCUGCCAAAACAUGGCACCCCAAACAGCCAAAAGCCUUUCCCACACCAGAGGCAGUUCAACACUAAAUCAUCCAGAAAAACCUCAUCUGUCCAUUUAAAGGCAUUGACUGCCAAAACUAUGUCUAUAUCUGUAUUCUGA